AUGCUAAUAUCACCGUUUAAAAAAUAAAAAUGGAAGCUGUUCCACGGAUGCCGAUGCUUUCUUUUGAAUUAAAACACAGUCCUGAAUAUGUAGAAUUUGGUCCAACACUUAAAAACUAUAUAAGAGACCACUAUGGAGAGGACCCAGCACAUUAUAACAAGAGUUGCAAUGAGCUGGAACAGCUACGACAGAGUGCUGUACAUGUGUCACAUGAUUUUAUGGGUUGCAGCACACUCAAGAAAUACUAUUCCCAGUUACAGUUUCUUCAGGGAAGAUUUCCAAUGCUUGAAGGAGGAGAGGCUUCCAUUCCAUUUACUUGGGAGGAGGUAUUUUCUGGACGAGAGAUGACAUUAAGUGAUAUAAAAUUUGAGCAAGCUUGUAUUCUAUACAACAUAGGAGCUCUCCAUUCUGUGCUGGGGGCCAUGGAUACACGACAAAGUGCAGACGGAAUGAAAGUAUCAUGUACACAUUUCCAGUGUGCGUCAUGGGCAUUUGAAUAUUUACGAGAUCAUUUCGGAUGUGCGGCAAUGAGUUUGGAUAUGACACAUGAACUAUUGACCUUCCAACUGAACUUAAUGUUGGCACAAGCUCAGGAGUGUAUCUUGGAGAAGUCAAUGACGGACAGUAGAAAAAGCACAAUCACUGCCAAAGUUGCUGCACAGAUAGUAGAAUUCUACAGGACGUCAAUGAAACACCUAGACGUGUGUAACUUACAGGAGCUAAUCAGCUCUAAAAGAUAUAAGGACUGGAAGAAGAAGAUAGAUAUAAAGAUUUUAUUUUACACCUGUAUAACAAAUUUCUAUAUGGGACGACAGUCAGAGGAUCAGCAGAAACACGGACAAUGUCUGGCUUACUACACUAUAUCCUUAGAGAAACUCACUGAAUGUGAGAAACUUGCCAAGAAUGAGGGUGUUGAGAUUCAAGAUUCAUUGAGAUUUACACAUGAUGUAGUUGGUGGAAAACAUCAGUCAGCAAAGAAGGACAAUGAUUUUGUUUAUCAUGAUAAAGUUCCACCUGCAGAUUCACUGCCUGAGGUUAAAGGUGCCUCCCUGGUGAAGGGCAUACCGUUUAAUCCAAAUGAUCCAGAAAUAUCGGGACAGGACAUCUUUAAUAAACUUGUACCUAUGUCUGCACAUGAGGCUGCCUCUCUUUAUAGUGAAGAAAAAGCUACACUGUUAAGAAGAAUGGUCUCUGAGAUACAAGAAAAAAAUGAAGAACUAAAUCAGUAUCUGGCAUCUUUACAACUUGACCAUACCUCAUUAAAUCCUGAGCCUGAGAGACUGCCACAACAGUUACUGGAGAAAUGUGCAGCACUCAGUGUAAGACCAACUGCAAUCAAAGAACUGGUGGAUUCUAUGACAGCUGUUUCGAAUGUAGCCACAGAAGUAGAUCUGGGCAUUAAAGAAAUUCAACAAACACUACAGGAGGAGAGUACAGCUGAGCUGGAAUUUCAGGAUACCUUUGGAAAGAGGAAUCCCAAUGCCAUACUGUCAGAAAUUGCACAAGAAUGUGCGAGGUUAGAGGAAGGUCACAAGAAGGGCAGUCAGUCCAACACGGACCUUCAUAAAGCAAUGAAUACUCACAUCAAUAACCUAAAGUUACUGAGCAGUCCCCUGGAGGAUUUACAGAAACUCUUACCUUCAGUUGAUAAAGAUAGAGAUCCUGAAAGUAAUGAUGUUAUCAAGCAGUUAAACAACUUGCUGUCUAAAAUAGAGGAAAUGAAAACACAGAGACAAACACUAGAGGAACAACUUAGAAAGGAAGUGUUAGAAGAUGAUAUAACAGGGGUAUUGUGUAAACAAGAAAGCAUAAAUAGAGAGGUGUUGUUUUCGGAGCAGCUGAAGAAACAUGAUAAAACCUCGGGCUUGAUACGACAGAAUCUCACCGCCCAGAAUAAUAUUCUGAGAGCACUAACUGAUGCUAAUGCUAAGUAUGCUACAGUUAGGAAGGCUACAAGUGAAGCCCUUUCCAGACGAGAGCAGACAAUCAGGGACCUUAUAAACUCCUAUGAUGUAUAUGAAGACUUGAAAGCUAAGUCACAGAAAGGACUAGAAUUCUACAAGAAAUUAGAGACAAAUGUUGGACGUUUGUUGAAUAGAUGUAAAAAUGUGUGUAAGGUACAGCAGGAUGAGAGGCAGAAAAUGUACAAUAAAUAUAAACCUAAAGCUGCAGCCCCUGCUCCUGUUAGACCAGUUGCACCUAAAGUGGCACCAGCAGACACACAAGAUAAUGGCCAGAUUACAGAUACCCCUGCAGUAUCUCACCCACCUGCACACACUAUGGCAGCCAUGUUUGAUGGCCCAAAAUUAAAGGAUUAUCUCCCUUUCAUGAAGCCUAAGACAUUUGGAAAGAAGGGUGGUUCCCCGCCUGUAUCAGCUGCUCAUCCCAAUGUACAAGACUAUAUGACACAGGGUGGUUCCCUGCCCAAUAGUGGUACAGCAUCCCCAGUACAUAUACCUCAGAUGCCUGGCAGUGUGCCAGCUAGUCCAGAUCAUGUCAGACAUAGAUUUGAUGGUAGACUUGGUCCCAAUGAUCCAUCUACAUCAAGAAUGUUACCUAGACAACCUGGACCUGACCUUACUCAAGGUCAUCUGUAUCAGCCUAGUAGCUCUUCAGGUGAAGGUCAGUCUGCAAGAGAGAUGGGACUUGGUCCGACAGCUCUGGAUAGCUCUUUAUAUGGACCAGAAUCUUUAUACCAGCAACAGUUAGAUCAAGGUCAGAUGGGAUAUAUACAAGGUCAAGGUGUAAAGCCAGGUGGACCAGAUACAGCUCAAGCACCACCUCCACAGUCAGACUAUGUUCCAUUAGAUCAGAGGUGGAAAAAAGACAAGCCAGUUACUCCUCAGUCAGCGUAUCCACAACCAGGUCAAAGGCCAGUUGUGUCAAGGUCAUUGAAGCCACAGACCAGCCAAGGUAUACCACCAAAUACUCCUCAGCAGCCAAAUCAAACUCCCGACCAACAGAAUUUCUAUGCCCAGAAUUUAGCUCUUGCUAAUCAAGAACUUCUAUAUGGACAACCAGGAACAUUCCAAGGUCAAGGACAGAAUAUACCAAACCAAUCUAUGCCUGCAGGUCAGGGUCAGAUGCAAACAAGCCAGUAUGGUCAGAAUAUGGCUGACUUUCAGACACAGAGGUUUCCUCAACCUCCUCAGCUACCAGUUCAUAGUGCUCCAGCUAGUCAGGUGAUAUCACAGAUGCCGUCUUCAUUGCCUCCUCAGUCCAUGCCUGUUACAAGGGAGGUCACUAGCACAGUGUCAGCUGUUGGUGGUCCAGUUCUCUCCCCAGGAAAUGAAAAUCAGGACUACAGAAGUAUGCCACAAAGUAAUUUUGGUCCUCGGGGUCAGGGACAAGGUCAAAUUAACAUCCAGCAAGUUCAAGGUCAGGAACAUAUGUCACAGCCAGGAUACAGUGAAGGUCAGCAAGUACUCCAACAGUUUCCUCAGUCACAGCCACAACAACACCGAGUGCAACCACCUGGAAGCCAGUCAUUCCAAGGUCAAGGUCAGGUACAAGUUUCUGGAUCCCAGGCACAAUUUCAGCAUUCAACGUUUCAGCCAAGUGGUAGCCAGCAUCAGCGUUAUGACCAACAACAUGUGCCAGUUCCACAACAGACUGGACAGCAACAGCACAUGGGACAAGGACAGACUGCUCAACCAGCUCCCCAACAACAUCUUAAGGGUCAAGGUCAAGUGACACAAUAUGUUUCUCAGCAGCAAGGACAAGGUCAGACAUUGCAGCAAAUACCUCAACAUAUGACUCAGCAAGUGGGACAGUACAGCCAGGCUCAACCACAGUACAGCCAGGCUCAACCACAGUACAGCCAGGCUCAACCACAGAGCAGUCAGGUUCAACCACAGUACAGCCAGGCUCAACCACAGUACAGCCAGCUUCCAGCCAAUGCACAAUACAAUCAGGGUGUACAGCCUGCAGGUCAAGUUAAUCUGCAACCCACAAAUCAAGGUCAGUUUGACCAGAGGGGAACAGUUCAAGGUCAGACAAGCCAGUUUAUUCCAGGUCAACAGUUGCCUGGACAACAACAGUUGGCAUACCAGCCAUCUGUUCAAGGUCAAACAGGACAACAAAAGCCCUUUGUACAUCAGGCUGGACAACAAAUCCAAACUUUACCUCGGACCCAGCAGCAAACAUAUACCCCUGCUCAGCAACAAAAUGUGCCACUCCAGCCUUCGAAGUUCCAUGCCCAGCAACAGUUUCAUCAACCUCCUCAGUCUGCCCCAGUUCAAACAGCAUAUUCUGGUGCUAGCAUUCAAGCUGGGCCACAAGCUCCUGCCCAGCAACAAGGAGUAUCAACAGCAGGUGGGCAGCAAAACCUACACCAGUUCCAGCCACCUCAACAGAAUUUUUCUCAGACCCAGUUUUCAUCUUCAGCCAGUUCAGGGACAGCAGGUGGAUACAUGCAGUCUGGACCCAGGUUUGCUGCACCAACCUCUUCGAUGCCACAACAACAAGGAGUGCCAGCUGCACCAGUUACUGGUCAGGUGGCACCUGUCCAGCAACCUGUUGUAGGUCAAGGUCAGCAGUAUCAGCAGCCAAUGAUACCACAAGGACAGAAUUUUGUACAGCCUCCGCAUUCCUCUCCUGCACAUCCGGUGUAUGGGGCAGGGGCUUUGCAGUCUGGUCAAAGAUUCUCUGCUCCAACAUCAGCUUCCUCGCAGCAGAAUGUUCAAGGUCAGCAAUACACAGGUCAUUAUAGAGAUGGAAUACCACAGUCCCAACAAGGUGGAAUGCAGCCUCCAUUGAGUGGUCAAGGUCAUCAAGGUCAGUCUGCAAAAACAUACAGUCCUGCACCAGCUGCACCUGUAAGUCAACCUUCAAAUGUACCAACUAUUCCACCAGUUUCAGGUCAAGGACAGUUUGUCCAGGGCCAUGGUACACAACAGAAUGUUCAAGGUCAGUAUAUUGGUCCACAGUCACAGAUACCUAUGGGUCAGGGACAGUUUAUUCCAGGUCAAGGCAUGGGUCAGCAGCCUCAAAGACCCCAGGUAUCAGGUUAUUCAGAGACCGUUGUAAACAGGCAGUUUACCCAAGGUCAGAUUCCACAUGGUCAAAGUUCACAAGAAUUACCAAGUCAGAGCCAACCAAAGGGACAGAUUCCACCUAGUCAGGGGUCCCAAGUCUAUUCUCGUAGUCAGUUACCAAGCAGCCAAAGCCAGCAAACAUACCCUCAAAGCCAAGUAGGUCAGUUUAAUCAGUAUCAAGGACAAGUACCUGUAAACCAGCAAAGACCAGGUGUUCCAAACCAAACUGUUGCUCAGCAACAAUAUGGACAUCAAGGACAAAUGCAAGGUCAGUCACAGUAUGGACAAGGAACCAGUCAGCUUAAUCAGACUGGUUCAUUGCCUCCAAUGCAACAGAUUCCACAACAAGGACAAAUGAGCAACAAACAAUCAGUUUUACAACCUGAAGUUUUAAAACCUACUUUGCCAUCAGGUUUAGGUCAAGGCCAAACUAGCAGUCCACAAAACCAGCAGAAUUUAUAUUCCUCCCAAGGUCAAGGUCAGAACAUACAGCCACCUCUUCAACAGCAACCAGUCCAACCUCAAGGACAACCAGUCACACCCAUUUACCAGCCAGUGAGCCCAAUGCAUGGAAACUACCAACAAGGGCAGCAAAGACCACCUAGCCCGGCAGUUCCUAUAGUUACACAACAAGGUCACAUAAAAACUCAAGAUGUUAAACCAACCUCGUCAGUCGAAGUAAAGCCAUCACAGCCACAGAGGCAAAAGUCACACCAAUCAGCGGCUCGAAAUAUUUCUGUAGAUAGACAACUGUCAACAGCUUCAUCACUGGACGAAAUUUUGUCAUCAAGUCCAGAUGCUAGGACCGAGUCAGCAGAAAGUGUCUUGGCGCCAAAGGUGUUGACAGCCCAGGAGAUACAGCAACAGAAAGAGGACCAGUUAAAGAACUCAAGUCUACAUAUCCAACCUAAAGAUCCAUACAAGGAUAAGUCUAAACUUGAUAGAUUUGUCGCUGAGGUUGAAAAACUCGCAAAAUUUGUGGAAGGGUUUGAAAAACCUCUGUGCAGCGGUCCUACACCUUUAGAUGUUGUAUGGAAGGAGAUAAUGGAAGAACAGGACAAAGCUGGCAGAAAGCAGAAACUGGCUAUAGCUAGAUGUUACCCUAUGAAAAACAGAGACCAAGAUAUCAUGCCAUAUGAUGAUUCGAGAGUUUUAUUGACAACUUUAAAUGAUGAUUAUAUCAAUGCAAGCUGGAUAAAUGACUUGUCUCCAUCAUGUCCAAAGUUUAUAGCCAGUCAAGCACCAUUACCUGUGACACUGAUAGAUUUCUGGCUCAUGGUGUAUGAACAGGGUGUGGAAGUACUUGUCGCUCUGUCCAGUGAGAUUGAAACAGGAAAGAAGUUCCCAACGUAUUUGCCCCAGGGUAAAGGUGAAACAGUGGACCAUGGAGCUGUACAGUUAACAUUGCAGAGUAUCAAACAUAAACAGUUCUGGACUGAGAGGAUUUUACACCUUAGACAUGCUGAGACUCGUACUGGAAGAACUUUGGUACAUUUACACUACAAUGCCUGGCCAGUCAGUGGGUUUCCUGAAAAAGUGUCCCAUGUUCUACAGUUUAUAACAGAGGUGCACAGUUUCUACAGACAGCAGAGGAGUUUGAUGAAACCUAUUGUUGUCCAUUGCGGUAACGGAGUUGGUCGAACUGGCAUGUUUAUACUGAUAUAUGUAGGCAUGCAGGAGAUAAAUCAUGGUGAUGGUAUAAUAAAUAUCCAGGAGGUUGCGGGAAAAAUGUUGUGGAGAAGACGAAAUAUCAUACUGAAACAGGAUCAGCUCAAGUAUUGUUACGAGGCAAUUCUCUACUAUGCUCAGGAUGUACUAGCUAAAGAGGGCAUUUUGGUUCACAAAGCUUCUUUCGGAGAUGGGCUUCCGAAGCCAGGAGCCAAAUCAAUUGGAUGGGAACCAGGACAGGAUAUCCUGUUUGGGUCUGUGAGUUUUACAAACCUCCAAAGCAGCAUUUCGAAAAUGAGUACUGGCACCAAGACAGAAUCAAACAGUUUGAAUAUUGAUCAAAAGUUGGAAAUGUUGAAAAAGGGAGAAACCAGUGUACUGAAAGAGGAAGUUACACACAAAGUUACUAAACAAGAAAUAGUGGUUCCUGAAGGUCAUGUGCUGUCAAGUGUUAGUGGGAAUUCUCUUCCAGAUGUUGUUCAGAAUCCGGGAAUUAAUCUAGAGAGAAAAUCAGCGGAGUCAUUGAUUGAGUCAGCACAAGAUGAUAUGAAUGUACUUGUUGACAUUGAGAAGAGUGAAGAAAAGGUCAAAGUUCAAGGACAGACUGAAGAUUUGUUCAGUGACCUUUGCCUUUUAAAAUUAGAGGAAAAAGGAUCUGUAUCUUCUUUGAAAAGUUUAGAUUCAGCAGAAUCAAAAGGGUCAAGGUCAUCCUCGGUUCAUGCCUCACCAGCACACAGUAGCAGGGAGGUCUCGAGUAGCCCAAAACCUGAAAACAUUUCGUCUUCUCUUGCUGAAUUGCAAGACCCUACUAAGUUUACUAUAGGUACAAGUGAAGGCAGUAAAAAGAAAGUAACUAAAGCAGAUUUUACUGGGGACGUAAAAACUGUAAUGGAACAGGACCCAAAUGACCCUUUCAGUUCUCUUGACCCCUUAUGGACACACAAAUAGUUACAACUAUAUAUAUCCAAGAUGAGAAUUUGAGAUAUAGUCCAAUAUGAUUAUUGAUUAUUUAAACCAGUAUAUUUCUGCAUGCAGCAAAGUUUUAGCAAACAUUUGUUCCUGAAGCCCAGUAUGGCUGUUUUGACUAAAAUGUUACUUUUUCUUGCUGCAGUCGGUAUGUAAAAAAGUUGACGAUUGCUUACUGAAAGUCAUUUGCCCUGUCAGUAGAUGAAAUGAAGCGCAAACUGGCCUCUCUCAAGGGCGAAGUUAGGUUAAUUUGUAGUCUCAGAUUUGUUGGUGUUUGUGGACAUGUUUAGUUUUCACCAAUGUCUAUAGAGCUGUUUGAGCACCAUAUGCACUUAAUGAUUAAACAUUGGAGAUUACAAACUAAAAACAGCAAUGUACAGGUCAGCUGGAGCUAGUGACCAUUUUUGGUAUAUAGAAAUAAUGAAGAAAAAAAUGUAGAAGUCAGUUGUCACUGAAUAUUGAUACAUGUAUAAAGUAUGCAGAGAAAUAUACUGGUUUAAUUUCACAGAGGAAUAUUUAUUUUACACGAAGAAUUAUGCGUAUCUGUGAUCAUGUCUGAUGUUGUUAUGUAUAUUAUUUGGUAAAUUUAUGAAAUAAUAUAAUUAUGAUAGUCAUGUUAAUGUAUAAGUAUGUAAAUCCUGUAUUGUGAAAUCAUUUAACUUUGUGGGCAUGAAACCUCGUGGUUUGUCAAAAUGGCAGUUUUACAGAGAGUCUAAAUUUGACGUUUUUAGGCUUGAAAGAUAGGAAGUUAUGUUAUGUUCACUGGCACUUAGUAGAUUGACACAGUCACAAAAUCCACUAAAAAUAGUUCCCACGAAAAAUAAUUAUUUUACAUGAAGUGAUAUGUGCUUAAGUGAUUACGUUACAAGUUGUGUUCGUUUUACGUAUAUUUAUAUUUGGCAUUAUUUGAUCUGUAACUUGUUUAAAGCACUUACUGUAAUCUCUUAUUUAAUCAUGCCAUCAUUUCACAGUAUUUAAUAUAAAUAUACAAAGUAUUCUUGCAAGAAAUAAAUCACAGUUUAGUAACUUACAUUUUGUAAUGAAAAACAUGGGCAUGUUUUAAGUGUAGGGUGGCCAAAGUCCUCCAGGUGUACUCUAAACACAAGCCGUGACCUCCAGGUUAUAGGUGGGCUGCUGCACCCUUCACCACUGUGCCUCUUAGGCUGCUCACUCUAAAUAUGGGUGAAUGAGUUCUUAAUUUACACAGAGUUUCUUUAUAAACAGGUUUGAAUGUUUGUUUCUUGCACAGUAACAAAUUUGAAGCUAUUGUUUGAUUUUAUGAAAGGGAACGUUUGCAAAUAUUUGUAAAUAUUGUUGCAAUAUUUCAGUAUCUAUUAAAUGUUGAAUAUCG